GAAGGCAGUGUGUUAGGCAGUACGUGUGUCCUGAGCUGGGUAAGACCGAUACCAUCAGCCCGUGCACUCAGUUCAGACUCCCUGUAUGUCUCCGAGUACUUCUCUCAGAGCGCGCAGAAGCUGUCCUUCUACAGCUGGUAUGGGAACGCCAAGCUCUUCCACUUCCAUGUACCAGAAGACACCGUGCUGCUUCGCUGGCUCCUGCAGGCGUCCCGGGGGAAAGGACCCGAGUGCACCAACAUGGAGAUCACAGUGCACUUUCGCUACGGAGCCCCUCCUGUAAUUAAUCCACUGGGCACUCGUUUUCCUGCAAAUGCAACCGUCCGUCCUUCCUAUAACAUAAGCAUCACUCUGAGCAGCGCUGUGCAAAACACCACCUUUGUGAACGUCACUACCCCUGCUGCCGGAGACUGGUUCAUCGCUGCCCAUCUCCCUGAGGCUGCUGGCAGGAUUGAAGUGAAGGGUUUCUCCACUCCAUGCCCCUAUAUGUUCCAGGCAGAUAUGUUUGUCCUCAGACUCACUGAUAUGCCAGUUCUGGAGCCUGGUGUUGCCACGCCACAAACCAUCGUCUCGCCUGCUAAGCCGCUGCAUGUCAAGGUCUUCGUUCCCAAGCAUGCCGCAGGGAUGCGGUUUGAGCUGCGAAGCUGCGUGACAAGUGAGCAGAAAGCGUGCGCCAUGCGGGUAGCGCUGGGCUCCAUCACACUGCCUCAGUCCUUCCAGAGGAUCGUCACCUGCACGGGGAACGUAAACUGCAGCCUGGCCCUGGACUCGCCCCCCUGGGAGAAGUGGCUGCAGAUCAUGGUGGAGAGUCUCGGCGCUGCCAAUGCCAGUGUGUCGGUGGAGAUGCUGGCUUCUUUCACAGCUUGCAGGCCAGGAAGUACCAGUUCAUUCCUUAACUUCAGCAGCCUAAACCAGAGCCAAACUGGUCCCAGACCAGGUAGCGCAGGAGCAGCAGGGAGCUCCACUCUGUCUACCGGAGAAGCUUCACGCAACGCGUCCGACCAGAGGAGCUUCUGUCUGCAGAACCAGCCCGUCGUUCGUGAGGACCUGGAUGUGGUGUCUGUGCGCUACAGGCUCUUGAAUAGUCCCAGCGUUCCCGUGAACUCCCUCUCCCCGACCCUCCUCCUCCUCAACCUGAACACUGGCAUGGACAGCGGGGGUUCCCUCGUGGUCAGUCUCCUGCUUAACAAGACGACCGUGAGCCUGGCCAAUGCCACCGUGGUUGCGUGUGUGAGUGCUGCUUCUCCGGUGCUGUCCCUCAAUGCCACACAGAACUGCAGCACAGCCUUUUUCCAGGGCUACCCUCUGAGCGUGAGCACAUCCUCUGCGGAAGCGAUGCUGAUUGUCCUGUACCCACAGACAGAUGACUGGUUCCUCUCCCUGCAGCUCAUCUGCCUGAAGGGCCAGGGUGAAUGUAAUGCCGCAGAAGCCAAAGUGACUGUCUUCGCAUACCUCACCCCCUGCUUCAAUGACUGUGGGCCGUACGGACAGUGCAGCCUCCUGAGAAGACACGGCUACCUCUACGCUGGCUGCAGCUGCAAGGCUGGUUGGGGAGGGUGGAGCUGCACGGAUGAUACCAAGGCCCAGUCUGUCGGUGUACAGAACCUGGCCACCCUCCUGCUCACCCUGAGCAACCUUAUGUUCCUGCCGGCGAUAGCGGUUGCUGUUUAUCGCUACUACCUGGUGGAGGCCUCCGUCUACACCUACACCAUGUUCUUCUCCACGUUCUACCACGCGUGUGACCAGCCAGGCGUCGCGGUGAUGUGCAUCAUGGACUACGACACACUACAGUACUGUGACUUUUUGGGCUCUGUGGUGUCCAUCUGGGUGACGAUCCUGUGCAUGUCCCGGGUGAAGAAGAUCCUGAAAUACGUCCUUUUCAUCUUGGGGACCCUGUUAAUUGCCAUGUCCCUGCAGCUGGACCGCAGAGGGGUGUGGAACAUGAUGGGUCCCUGCCUCUUUGCCCUUGUCAUCAUGAUUGCAGCGUGGAUUUACCACGGAGUGAAGCGCAGACACUGCUACCCCUCCUCAUGGAAACGCUGGGUUUUCUACCUCCUCCCAGGGAUCACCUUGGCUUUCAUCGCCAUCUCCGUGUAUGCGUUCAUGGAAACCAAUGAGAACUAUUACUACACCCACAGCAUCUGGCACGUGCUGGUGGCUUGCAGCGUUGCUUUCCUGCUUCCUCCUCGGGACAAGCAUAAGAAGCCCUGGGCCUGGUCACAGAAGCUCACUUGUCGCUAUCAGAUCUGCCAGAAUGACCGUGAGGAGCUCUAUGCUGUGACCUGAAACUGCUCGGCUCCCGGUCGCAGAGGUGGAGGGCUGGUGAGGUUGCUCUUCACCUGUGCUGCCCCUCUCUCGCACGUCGGCAAUCCUCUUACGUGCUCAUUCACUGGCCGGGACAGCGCAAUAUGGACCAGGUUUAAAGAUGAAGAUGGUGGGCUUGUCUUGUGAAGGCAAGUUUGAGGCCACCUCUGUUUUUCUGCUGGGAUGGGGCAGGCUCUUCGUGGUUCUAGAUCAAGGAAUAGCCUGUCCCCCACCUCCCCAUGGCCCUGGGGGAAAUCGCCAACCCUUCCUCCCCUCCUGCUGCAUCCAUGAGGCUUGGGCUUAGCCCACGCUGAGCUGGAGCCAGGGCUUUGGCUGCUGGGCUUUUCCCUGCAGACCCUGUCCUAGC